AUGGGGAGCCUGCCCAGCCGGGAAAAGACACUGAGCAUGCCACAAGUGGCUGCCAGCACCAUGCAGGCCCCACUGCCCAUGCAGGCCCCACUGCCCACACAGGCAGUCCCCAGUGACUUCCUGGCCCUGGCCCUCUGUGACUUCCCCUCCGGUGUGGGGGCAGCUGCUGUCCUGAGGAUGGGGGAGCAGCUCCGUGUCCUCUCUGAGGACGGGGAGUGGUGGCAUGUGGCAUCUGAGGUGUCUGGCAAGGAGUGCCACGUCCCCAGCAGCUGUGUGGCCAAGGUCAGACACAGGUGGCUGUAUGAAGGCAUCAGCCGGCAGAAGGCAGAGGAGCUGCUGCUCCGGCCGGGCAACCGCAGCGGCGCCUUCCUGAUCCGGGAGAGCCAGAGCAGGCAAGGCUGCUACUCGUUGUCGGUGCGGCACGGCGGCGCCGGCUGGGACUCGGUGUCUCAUUACCGCAUCCAGCGGCUGGACAACGGCUGGGUGUACAUCGCGCCGCGCCUCACCUUCCCCAGCCUGCGGUGCCUGGUCCAGCACUACGCCGAGCUCGGGGAAGGGCUCUGCUGCUCGCUCGGGGAGCCCUGCGCCACGGACGGGCCGAGGCUGGCCCCGCUCCCCGCCAGGCCCGCGGUCGUGAAGCAGCCUUCACUCAAGUGGGAUCAGAUCGACAGCUCCCUCCUGCUCUCGGCGCCCACGGCCCCGCUGGACGAGGACUCCCCCAUUAGCCUGGGCCUGCGGGAAUCCAUCAGCUCCUACUUGCUCCUGGCUGAGACUGACGGCGGCCAGCAGGAGCCUGCAGGGAAGGGGGCAAAGCAAAGCUGA